AUGCUUAUUUAUUCAGGAUAUGUUUAUCGACUAAAAAAGUCAACAAAAAACGUUAAAUACUGGGUUUGCCAAUCAAAUAACUGUGCAGCGAAUGUUCAUACUAAUGCAAAUGAUGAACUCAUUCAAUCUAAUGGACAGCACCGACAUUUGCCUGCACUCGAACGUAUUGAACUUCGAGAUCUGAAAAACAAGGUAAAGGAGAGGGUGGAAAGUGAAACGACUUCUGUGCCCAAAAUUUAUGAAGAAGAAUUAGCUCAUUCUAAUCUCUCUUCAGCUGCUCUUAUCCUUGCACCACUUCCAGCUGAUGCAAAAUCUGUUUUAAAUCGUAUUCGUCGAAAUAUAACUCCACUACUAUCCACAUCAAGUGAUUUCGAUAUUCCUGAUUUUUACCGUCAAACACUCAAUGGUAAACCAUUCGUUUGUACCGAUAGGUUUAUCAGAAACAAACGAAUGAUUUUAUUUGCGAUUGAUAAACAACUUGAAACGUUGUUUUUAUCGGAAUGGAUUUUUCUCGAUAGGACAUUCGAUUCAUGUCCAUCGCAGUUUAAACAACUAUACAAUCCAUUGCUUGAAAUUUCAACAAAGUGAGUUCAUCGCGUAUUCAAAGCUUCUAGUUUAUAUUGUCGUUUAGAUAUUCCAUGUGUUAUAAGUCUGCUUUCAGGAAAAUCCACUGAUAUACAUCUACAAUUAUUUUCUCAACUUGAAUGUCAUGC